AUGGUCAUGCUACCGCGGCUCGACCGACUCGCUUCACUCCCCGAUACAUCCUCUACCCACUCUACCGCCCGCCCCGAUUCAACCAACGGUCGCAAGCGGAAGCUGGAGCGAAAAUGCACGGUCACGGUGAAUGACAACUAUUCCCGGGACGAAGUCCUGCUGAACCUAGAUCUGCUCGGUGGCGACAUAAAACCCGGGACCCUUGUCUCGAUAUCGGUCGUCAAGACGGAGACCGAUAAGAACUCCAGCUCCCACCUGGCCAAGGCCGGAUCUUCGUCUGAUCAUGCGCGAAACGGCAAGGCAGGGCCGGCACCGGACGCGGAAUGUGAUCGGUCAAAGCAUCGAUAUGUGUUCUAUGCGAAGGAUAUGUCGAAAGGCCUCAAGUCACGGUAUCCUCAUGGUGGGACACCCGUUAUUCUCGCUCCGGUCGACGAGAACAAUCCCGCCAUUGAUGCCUCUCACGUAGAGCUGAGUUUUCGCGACCAAUAUUUGUCUCGCGCCGAUAUUAUUAAAGCCCAGGUCACUGCUGUUUUUGUCGACGGCCACAAGGUCCAUUCGGCAUUCUUCUCACGCAAUACCCGGCCCAUUUUCCGCAGCGAAUCCGCUCGAUAUGUUCUCUUCAUUCAAAUGUCCCGCGAAAUGUGGGACUUCGACUCCGAUGGGUCUGGCGAGAUCAUGUUCAACAAAGUCGUGAACGGCUUCCUCCCGGCCGUUUUCAAGAAAUGGUCACUCCUCAAGGUCAGACACCUUGUUACCAUUGUUCUCUUUGCCCGCGUCGAGUACGAUGCCGGUCUCAGUGACGACUUGGUUUUCUCCCUCACAGACAAUCACUAUUAUACGGGCGUUCAGCCUUCUGGGAUGAAACGGCCCUACAAGGACUUUUACCGCGUCGUCGUGAAUGAGAUGGCUAGCUACGAAUGGGCCGCCAUCUUAAAGCAGCUCAAGAAGGAAUUCAACGUAUUCCGUCGCGACAUUAGCCUUCACCACCAGCGCCCAGAUAGCAAUUUUAUGUCAUUGGCCAGAGACUCGAGUGGGAACUCGAUUGCCCCGAGCCGAGUCAAGGCGGAGCCUUGCUUGGCCAUGUACGGGAACUUUCUCGAGGCCAUCAGCCUGGCUUCUUCCCAGUUCGCCCACGAUUACAUUGACAGGGACCUUGUGAGAACGGGUAUAUCAAUCGUGGUAAUCAGCCCCGGCCCCGGAGUUUUCGAGGUUGAUUACGAAGCCCUGAGGCGGACCACCGAAUCACUUGUCGGGAACGGCAUAGGAAUUGACUUGGUUUGCGUGCCCAAGAUCCCCCUGCACUCCGUGCCUCUCUUCAAGUAUCGAAAUCCAGACUUUGCAGAGCUGGAGAAGUCGAGAUGGCCUCAAAGCCGAGGGAGCACCCCGAGGCAUGACACUCCCGUAGCCGGAAGCUACCAAUCCCUCAUGGGCUCGUUGUCGCCGUCAAAGGGCCUGGACUUGCUUCAUCGUGCAGAGUACUUCACCACCCACCGCGCAAUUGACGAAUGGUGCUAUGCCCUACCACAGUGGCUCCAUGUCUCCUACUGGACCGGAACCUCUGGCGAUAACCUCUCGUAUCAGGGAAUCGCACUAUCAGUGUUGGACGUUGGAGGCGAAGAAAAGAAUGGCGACGAGUUUCUGGUUCGGUGUCGGAUGUAUGACUUGCAGAUGCGUAGCGUUCUCGAGACCAACGAGAUUGAAACUGUUCCUCUCAUGUCUGACCCGCAUUUCCCAUCUCAAAGCCUCACGGAGAACGGAGGCGCACACCGGCCGCGCCCAACUGGUACUGACGAGAUUGCGCACAUCGCUCUCAGACGUGCUCCCGAUGCACUGCAUGACCGCAUCUAUGGCUUCAUCAAGUUUGUACCGGACCGUAUGCUGAAGCCCGGCGAAAAGUCCAUCUGGAAACAACUUCAAGACUUUGAUAAUUCCCGGGCCAAGCUCCCCUCCUCUCGUCGCGUUUACCACCCGCAAAAGAACAGUCGCGAGUUGGACGAUACCGCGCGGCACCAGCUCGCGGAGGAUUCGGGUCUCUUCGGGACCUCUCUCCCGGAAAGGAAGCCCUCUGUGAUCAAGGGCUCGAGCGCCGGUCGCAAGCUCUCAGUGAACCUGGGUGACAAUACUAAAAUCAGCGCCUCGCUACUGAGCCCUGUCAAGAGCACCGGCGGAGUUAGUACCAUUCGCCCUGCUAGCGCGGUGCAGACGUCCUCCUCGCCGAAUAAGGCGCAGAAGCUCAUGCGGCACAUCAGUUUGGGCCACCGCGGUUUUGGCAUCGCGGCCCCCAAGGUAGCCGUCGCCGAGGUGCGCGCGGAAACUGUGAGCGCCGAGAGUUCGUUGCGUCCUGAAGCCCAGUCGCCAGCUCCUUCCUACACGGCCAGCAAUCGACCAUCGCUUAGUCGACGCCCGACCUCUCCGAGGUCCAUUGGAAAAAGGCCCUCUCCCUUCCCCAUGCAGGCCUUGAAGACGGAUUCAAUCGACUCUCUUGCCGGCGCAAUGCCCUCCACGCCGAGUAUACCCAUCCCCUCAGGCCCCUUCCUGCAACCAAAAGCGGACUGGUCUACGACGUCCCCGUUGGCGCGAAAAGGCAAACGGAAUGAGGAUAGCGAUGCCAAGUUCUCCAGCGUCCUGAGGGCAGAUGACGCGAAGGUUUAUACUAGCAAGCUACGGGCAGGGGCUCUUCCCGAGCUCCCUUCGGCGCCUUCCCCUGCUUCAGCCAUUUUACCCUGGCUUACCGUUUUGAACCCUUCCAACCCGGAUACUCACAAGGUCGAUGAUACCAUGUUGUACAGUCGGUGGCAGCACGUAUUUCCGCGAACCUCCAAGAUGAAGAUGAUGAAGUGGAAGGCACUGUGUUGCCCAGCAGCCGUUCCGUUGACAACGGAGUAUUUCCCAACAAGAACCCAAUUCGAGACCGAGUAUGAAUGCAAGCCUUACAAUAUUGCCCAAAAUGAUGAUGACGAUCUUGUUGACGAACCGAAGAGUCGGGAGGAAUUUCUGAGAGAGCUGAUUAGCCUGAGGUUCGCCCAGGGAUUUCAGGUCAUUGUGGGCCCAGCUGUUGCUCGUGCCUUUGGCCAGAAGCUUCUCAAGGUUGCUGAUAUCUUCACCCGCAACCAAAAGUUGGAGGACGGUGCGAGCGUCUUCAUAGGUCAACAUCUACUCAAGAAAGCCACCGUCGGGCCUGCCUUUGCUCUCGUCGUCCGGGAGCAGCUACAAACCGGCGAUUCGGACCAUUCUCGACGCAGAUUACCGAACUCGCGAGCUGGACAUUGCGACACCGCGCCCGGAGAGGAUUGGAACUACAUCGAUUCAUACCUGGCAGGCCACACCGAUGAGAUGACGGAAAAUUUGAGGUUCUGGAGAGCCCGCUUCGUGCUCAUCCCCGUAGAAUUCCGUGCCUCGCUCUUGCCAAGAAUUCAUGAAGAAGAUAGCCCAGAAGAGAUUCGGCUGGAGGGCAUCCGACGACUUGCGCAACUCUGGCAGAAGAACAAGUACAUCGCUCCAUCCGAGCGUCGAUACCAGUCUAUGGCGCCGCGUCGGCGAAGGGAUAUCAACCCGCUCGAUAUCGUAUUCAAAACAGAGGAUCCUUCUGUCGUUAUCGCCGCCGAACUUGAGACGUUGCCCCUGAUUGAGGGCUUGGAAGGCGUCCCGCGACGGGGUCAACUCCUCUCUCAGAGGGAUCGCUUCCGCCGGUCGAGCCUCAAUAUCGCCGUCCUAGCCGAAGCGAUCCAGCAAUCGGUCGAGAGUGGUGGUUCGCGAAGAAGCAGAAGCUCUAGGAAAAUGCUCAUGGCCUCCGAGGAAGAAGGAGCUCGGAAAAAGGACCGGGAAAAGGAAAAGGAAGGCGGAGAGCCCUUCAAAGAGGGCAGGAAAGAACGCGGUUCUGGCUUGUUUGUCCACGUCGAGAAGCGCCACGACUUCCGCGACGGCCAGUACUUUUACCAGAUCGCCGGUGAGUAUGCCAAGGCACCACCAGUAUCUUCUGGUUGGUUCAACACGAAGCGGCGAGGCGACACUGUCCCAUCUACCCCGGCAAUUGAAUCUGCAAUGAGAGAUUCUCCUCGAGUGACGAGGGUGACGCCAAUCCUAGAUGAUUCCCCUACGACAUCCGCCAAUUCCACCCCCAUGAUGGCGCCUGUGGGCGCCAGGAAACAUCGGGACAAGCCGCGCGUGAUGCUAUCUAAAGUAAUGAAGUAUGAUGUUGAUCGCAAGAAGCGAUCCUAUCGACCGGAAAGGAUCAACCUCCAUUACGAUAGGCUCCACAACCCCGAUGCCUGCUACCACAUACGAAUCGAAUGGAUGAACGUGACGGCCAAACUGAUUGAAGAUGCAGUGGAGAGCUGGGCUCGGGAGGCGGCCGGGUUCGGACUGCGCCUCGUGGAGGUGCCUAUCAAGGAAGCAUGCACGAUCAUGAAUAUCAAUCCCUUCAAGAGGCCCUACCUCAUCAAACUCAGCUCCCCACCUCCCGUGCAAUGUCCCGACGAGUAUCUCGAUCCGCCCGCCUUUUCGUCGCACGCGCUCUCUUCCAAGUUCUUCUAUCAGAAGGCGAUACUCCGAAAGUUCGACUUUGUCCUGGACUACGAGGCCGCAUCGUGUUUCCCCACCGACGUGGAUGUGAGGUACUCAUGGGGCAACCCCAACUUCAAGUAUACACAGUAUAUUCACCGCUCCGGCGUCGUCCUGGCGGAGAUAACAGACGAAGGCCACUUUCUCUUGAUGGGAAACAGCCUGUGCAACAACCGCGGCAUCGCCAGUCGCGAGAAGGAGAUGAAGGAGUCGCGUUACGGAGAAUCCGCCAAUAGCGGUGCCCCUGAACGGCCCGCCGGCAGGAUGAUGUCCAUCGGCAGCUACAUUCCGGAGCCUGCCGUUCCUCCGGGCAGCCCGCUCGGCAAAUCCGCCUCCUCCCACGUCAACUCCCCACUGAUCCGCGCGACUCCGAUCGGCGCCGACAUGGGCGCGGGCGCUACCGCCUCUACGACCAAACCCAUGGAUCCUGAAGCGAUCAAGCACGAUCUCGACACCUUUUGCUCUGAACCCUCCCGCCUCGUUGCCUUUUACAAGGAGCUCCUCGAAAAGGGGCCCCAGCCCUUCCACACGCCGGGCAUCAUCAUGCCCAGCAGCGGCCUCGAGGUCGUUCCGGAGGCCUACAUCCCCUCCCUCGGCCUGCCCCCGGCGUGCUCAGGGGCGACGCGAGAGAGGUGA